GCGCUGGCCGCGGGAGCUCCUGGCCGGGGCUACGGUCUCCCCGCCAGGCCCUGCCCCAGGAGGGUGUCACGGCGGGGCACUGGGGCGGAUGACACCGGGCCACGCUUGGAGGCCUUCCCUGCCUUUCCCUUCCCGUCCCCCCGAGUUCUGCCUUGGCCGUCAGCCGGGACGGCUCAGGUGCGAGACCCCCGCGCCCUGUCCAGCAGGUGGCAUGAAACAUCUUGUUUGUAAGCAUAUGCAUAAGGAAUGCUCUUGGCACACCUUGAUAAGUUACUUUGGCCUAAACAUCAAUUGCUUCUUUUAAAAACAAAUGGCAGCUCAGAAAAGGAAGUCUACAUUAGUAGAGCCUUCUGCUAAACGUCCAAAGCUGGACAAGAACAGCAAACAGUCAUCAGCAAAGAAGGAAAAGGAGGUGUCAGAUACAAAACAUGGCUCAAAUAAGUCAAAGCCUAAUCAGUGUGCAGUGCAGGAGAAAACUGUCCUCAAAACCUCUGUCAAAUCAAACAGUGAUAACACCAAUGAACCUGAACUAGGAAUGCGCAUGACUACAAGGUCGUCAGCAUUCAACUCAGAUAAUAAAACAAUACCUGGCAAAACAGUCCAGCAGCAGCAGCCUAAAUCUGCAAAAAAUAAGGAGGCAUGCCAGAAAAAAUCUGUGCAAGAAGUUUCGAAGUCAAAAUGCAUAAUUGCGCCAAAUGAGCCAGUAAUGAGGAGAUCACAGAGACUGCAGCAGUUAACACAUGUACAUGUUCCAGCAAGAUCCCUGCGCAACAGAGAAGUUAAAGAAGAAAAAGCUUUGGAAGUUAAGCACAGUAGCCAGGCAAAAAGAAACAGUCACAGUGUUCCAGCAAAAGCACUUAAAUCUGCUGGAGAGAAAACGGAACAGAAAAACACAAAGAUAAAGCCAAAAAAUACUAAUGAGAAUAAAGAAAUACAUGUAGAGGUGACCAGCUCUCUGAAAGAGAAGAAAUGUAAAGCAGACAAUAAAAAGGAUAGUUCCAAUAGCUUUCAACGCAGUCUUCAAGGGUCCUCAUUAUGUCCUGACGAGAGUCUUGAGGAAGUUAAGAAAGACCAAACAGGCCCUGUGUCUCCUAAUCCUAGCAACACAAAGAAAGUGGAAACUGAUUCUCUUAAGCCAAAUUCUAAGACAGUGUCUAAGGAAAAGCAGCAAACGCAUCAGAACAUAAAACCCCAUACAAAACCAAAAAAUACUUCACAGCCAUCUGUAAGUGAAACGAGUGCGGCCGAUCAACCAGAGAACGAUGUGAAAUCCAAAAGGGUGAGCAUCCUUGAACUUUGUGAAGAAAUUGCAGGUGAGAUUGAGUCAGAUACAGUAGAAGUGAAAAAAGAUUCCCCUAAUGCCGAGGAUAGCAAAACAGAAGAAAAGCAGGAUGACCUGCAGUUACAACAAAGUGAAAUGCUUGCUCAGAAAGAACCUAGUCAAAGUACUCAGUGCAAACGUUUUUUCCCUAGCAAAAAAGGAAUGCCCGUCAAAUGUACUCUGAAUGGUAGAAAUAACUCCUCAAACAAAAACUCUAAAUGGACCAAAAUUAAGUUGCUGAAAGCUAGUAAUAUGAAGCAAAGCAACUCAAACUCUGCAAAUGCCCCCAAGGUUGCUUUCUUAAAAGAUUUCCCUGAAGUUUCAGAGGCAAGUCAAAUAGCUACAGAAGCAGAGCUUUCGAAGGCACAAAGCAAGCUGUCAGCAAGACUCUCUGAGAAUGAAAAUACAACUUGUGUGCAGGAGAAAUCAGAUCCUUCAGCUGAAAGAGCUGGAGUUAAAGAAGUGACGUUAGAAACAAAACAGCCCACGAGGAAAGGUGCAGAAAAUGGUUUGUUGCCUAAUUUGACAAAACAUGUCUGUGAGCCAAGACCAGAUGAGAACUUUCGAUUACACUUGGAAUCAAGUCCAGAAAGUUCUCCAGUAAAGUGUGUUACAGCUCCUACACCACCAAAACAAGUUAAAAAAGAACCCAGAGAAAGUGAACCUCAAGAUUUGGCUCCCACGCAGUUGACGCAAACUUCAUCUACAAAUCAAGCUUCUGAAACUGAGAACAGGGUUCCAUUGUCAAAUCCUUCAUUAGCAUCCAAAUGCAGUAACUUACCAUCUUCUGAGGAACAUAUUCAGAAGCUAAAAGAAGCAGGAAAAGAUGGUGAUAAGCAGCUGAUCACAGAUGGAGGACAGAAGAGAUUUGGUGCUAUUUCCUGUAAUAUUUGUGGAAUGCUUUACACCGUGUCAAAUCCAGAGGAUGAAACCCAACACCUGUUGUUUCAUAACCAGUUCAUAAGUGCUGUUAGAUAUGUGGGUUGGAAAAAGGAGAGAAUUUUGGCUGAAUAUCCUGAUGGAAAGAUAAUAAUGGUUCUUCCUGAUGACCCAAAGUAUGCACUUAAAAAGGUUGAAGAAAUUAGAGAAAUGGUAGACAAUGACUUGGGAUUUCAGCAAGCUCCACUCAUGUGUUACUCUAGAACUAAAACUCUUCUUUUUAUUUCUAAUGACAAAAAAGUUAUCGGCUGUUUAAUUGCAGAACAUAUCCAGUGGGGCUACAGAGUUAUAGAAGAGAAGGUUCCAGAAGUCAGUUCAGAAAAUGAGAAAGUCAUAUUUGAAAGACAGAAAGCAUGGUGCUGUUCAACCUCUCCAGAGCCUGCUAUUUGUGGGAUUAGUCGAAUAUGGGUAUUCAGCAUGAUGCGUCGAAAGAAGAUCGCUUCUCGGAUGAUAGAGUGUCUUAGGAGCAACUUCAUAUAUGGUUCAUACUUAAGUAAGGAAGAAAUCGCUUUCUCUGACCCCACUCCCGAUGGAAAACUCUUUGCAACACAGUACUGUGGCACCGGCCAGUUCCUGGUAUACAACUUCCUCAAUGGACAGCACCAGACUUAACUGCUCUGAAGGAAUUCCAUUUUUGUUGGGAGACUUCUGCCAAACCGCGCUGAGUGGGUGCAGACUUUCAGCAGAAGCCAGGGCCAUUUUUAUUACAGUGAACUCAGGACUGGUAACAACCGAAAGGUUGUACUAUUUUAUUAAAAUUGUAAACAAUGCAGUAAUAGGCUAACUUUGUUUUUUUAAAAGAAAGAUAUUUUAUUAACUUUUACAGAAGUUUGAUUGUAUUUUAUCUAGUUAGUCAUGUUUACAUGCAGCAGAAAAUUGUUCAUAGUGGACUGUAAACUAAUGCAAAGACUCUAGUCUCGCUGAUGAGUACAUGCUGAAGUUCUUAAUGAGGUGAUAUACCAGUGCUUCCUGGUACUGUAACUGGUCUCCUGCCCCAGCUCCCGCAGCCAGGGGAGCCGCUACUCGUUGCUUGUUUGACAGAGCUCAAGGCUGUGCCCAGUUGCAUUGAGGCAAGAAGCGCUACGGUGCAGUCGUGGUGGGCAUCAACCCUCACGGACUGCACGGUGGCUUCUGGGGUGCAUCCUGUACCCUGCUGGAUGCCAGGGCACCUGCUUGGUGUCAGCAGCAUCAGAAUCUUGUGCCCUCUGUCCGCUUCUCCCCCAGACUAGUUGUGGAGUAAAAGGUGGAAUGAAAACCCCAAGGACUGGUGUACUCGUCAUUCUUCAAGUACUGUACUGAGUAUAUACCUUUGUUAGUGGACUUCACUUUGAUACUUGUCACUCCUUCAGAAAUCUCUCUUUUAAAGGGUUUGUAUGUUGAAAAACUGCUGUGGCCUUUCUUGAUCUGUACAUAAUGUAGAUAGAUUAAAAAUAAAAUACUUGAUAGCUUUUUUAAAGUUA